GCAGUAAAAGAGAAAACAACAUCUGUAUCUCUUAGAUCUCGGAAAACACAAAUCCCUAAAUAUCAUCAUAUCAAAUGUGAAGAAAUCAACGGACAACAUAUUGCGAGUGUAUACAACAACUGGAAAAGUAGAGAACCGGGUCAUUAUUCGGAUCCCUCUCACCUCUAUAGGAUACUUCUUGGACAUAGUUGACAAGUAUGCGUAACGACGCGUGCCUCUAGUGGCACCGAGGAAGGAGGGUCGUCAGGCGCACGCAGAUGCACGGCUUUCUGCACUGCCUUCCCAUCCAGCACAAACUAGAAGGUUGUUUUUAAACGAACACUGUGUAACAAAGAGCCUUUUUGAACAGAUUUGGACGUUCUUCAAUAACCAGCCUCGUGCCAUCACCGCGCGCAACUGGAGAGGAGCGUUGCGGAGCGGCUUUUCCACCUUCACAAAGUACCUCUGUGGUAUAUGAACAGUUUUCAUGACUGGAAUGCGGGACUGGAGUGAUUAAACUGCAAUAAGCAUUUUUUGAAUGACUGAAGUGAGGGCAGAAUCGUUCGAGGCGACCAAAAGUUCCGCAGGCGCAGUUCUUCUCCUCCUCCACAGCGGUGCGGGAGUCCGGCUCGGCUGUUGCCGUGUUACUUGCCAGUAGACAGAUAGCAUCGGCGGUAGGAGGGGAUACAGAUACUCCUGCAGGCUAAUUGUAGCAGCCUGCGUUCGCAGGUGUAUCACUGAUCCGCCUGUGAGGGACUGGGGGCUUCAUCCUGAUCGAGCUGCUCUCAGACUUGUGAGUAACAGAAGAAAAAACAACCCUGAGAGAAUGUUGCACCAAGUACAAUGAUCGCAAAUUUGUCGCAGACACCAAAAUCCAUAUAUGCUCCGUCGAAUUCAGUUUUGAUGAGCAGUUCUGAGUCGUCUUUGGAAUUUUAAAAAGUGGAUCCCACGACUUUACAACCAUGCGAAAUACUUGGCUGUCUCCCCGGAGUGCGAUUUGGGAAUACUGGACAUUGCUGAUUGCAUGUCUCUUUUGGAUUCACUACUCUAACGGGAUGCCUCAUGUUAUUCGAAUAGGUGGGAUUUUUGAACAAACAGAUGGACCCGUUUCACUUGUUAGCGCGGAGGAGCUUGCCUUUAAAUUUGCUGUCAAUAGCAUUAACAGAAACAGGACUUUGUUGCCAAACACAACAUUAACAUAUGACAUACAGAGGAUUAAUAUCUACGACAGCUUUGAGGCGUCAAGAAAAGCUUGUGACCAGCUGUCUUUAGGUGUAGUUGCAAUAUUUGGGCCCUCGCACAGUUCAUCGUCAAACGCUGUGCAGUCCAUCUGCAAUGCAUUGGAAGUGCCGCACGUCCAGGUGCGAUGGAAACAUCACCCCAUGGACAACAGGGACAGCUUUUAUGCCAAUUUAUACCCGGAUUAUUCUUCACUAAGCUACGCCAUCCUGGACCUGGUGCAGUUUCUCAAAUGGAAAACCGCCACUGUGGUAUAUGAUGACAGCACAGGUCUUAUAAGACUACAGGAGCUGAUAAUGGCCCCGUCCAGGUACAACAUUAGGCUAAAGAUCCGCCAGCUUCCUCUCGACUCGCAGGACACGAGACCCCUCCUCAAAGAAAUGAAGAGAAGCCGGGAGUUUCGCAUCAUCUUUGACUGCAGUCACCACAUGGCUGCGCAGGUCCUCAAGCAGGCCCAGACCAUGGGGAUGAUGACAGAGUAUUACCACUAUAUCUUCACCACUCUGGACCUGAUGGCCAUCGACCUGGAGCCAUAUCGCUUCUGUGGUGUCAACAUGACCGGCUUCCGUAUCCUCAACGUGGAUAAUCCCCAGGUUGCGUCCAUCGUGGAGAAAUGGUCGAUGGAAAGGCAGAUUCCACCUAAACCUGACUCAGGCCUGCUGGAGGGCAUCAUGACGACAGAUGCGGCUCUGACCUAUGAUGCAGUCCACAUUGUAUCCGUCUCAUACCAGCACGCUCCGCAGAUGACGGUAAACUCGCUGCAGUGCCACCGCCACAAACCCUGGAGAUUUGGAGGGCGCUUCAUGAGUUUCAUCAAAGAGUCACACUGGGAUGGUUUGACGGGGAGACUGUCAUUCAACAAGACCAGUGGUCUGCGCACAGACUUCGACUUGGACAUCGUCAGUCUAAAGGAGGAGGGGCUUGAAAAGGUGGGGAAGUGGAGUGUGUCGGGUGGUCUCAACAUCACAGAACUGCCGAAGCGAAAAGGGAUGAACAUCACCGAUUCCCUAGCUAACCGCUCCCUCGUCAUCACCACCAUCCUGGAGGAGCCAUACGUCAUGCUUAAGAAGUCUGACAAGGCGCUGGUUGGGAACGACCGCUUCGAAGGAUUCUGCAUCGACUUGCUCAAGGAGCUCGCCAAUGUCCUGGGCUUCACGUAUGAGAUCCGCCUGGUGCCUGAUGGGAGAUACGGCUCCCAGGAUGAGAAGGGCCAGUGGAACGGCAUGAUCAGGGAACUGAUAGAGCAUAGAGCCGACUUGGCAGUGGCUCCUCUCACCAUCACCUACAUACGUGAAAGGGUCAUCGACUUCUCCAAGCCCUUCAUGAAUAUGGGAAUCAGCAUCCUGUAUCGGAAACCCAACACCACCAAGAACGGCUUUUUCUCCUUCCUGAACCCCAUGACUCCCGACAUCUGGGUCUACAUCCUCUUGGCCUACCUAGGAGUUAGCUGUGUCCUUUUUGUCAUUGCCAGGUUUAGCCCGUACGAAUGGUACGAUGCCCAUCCUUGCAACCCCGGAUCAGAUGUGGUGGAGAACAACUUCACCCUCCUCAACAGCUUCUGGUUUGGAGUCGGUUCCUUAAUGCAACAAGGCUCAGAACUGAUGCCCAAAGCCCUGUCCACCAGGAUCAUCGGUGGGAUCUGGUGGUUCUUCACACUCAUCAUCAUAUCAUCCUACACGGCUAAUCUAGCAGCUUUCCUCACUGUGGAGAGAAUGGACUCGCCUGUGGACUCAGCCGAUGACAUCGCUAAGCAGACCAAGAUUGAGUACGGUGUGGUUAAAGACGGCGCAACCAUGACUUUCUUCAAGAAAUCUAAGGUUUCUACUUUUGAGAAGAUGUGGGCCUUUAUGAGCAGCAAGCCGAGCACAUCACUGGUGAAGUCUAUUGAGGAUGGGAUUCAGAGGGUGCUGAAGUCCGACUACGCCCUCCUUAUGGAGUCCACAACGAUCGAUUACAUUACUCGGAGGAACUGUAACCUGACACAGGUGGGCGGGGUCAUCGACAGUAAAGGCUAUGGCAUCGGCACUCCCAUGGGCUCCCCGUACAGAGACAAAAUCACCAUAGCAAUCCUAAGCAUCAUGGAGGAUGGGCGCCUACACAUGCUGAAGCAGAAGUGGUGGAGUGAGAGCAGCUGUUUGGAUGAAGAGCGUCACGAGACAGGACCCAUGGGUAUCCAGAACCUGGGUGGUAUAUUCAUCGUGCUGGCAUCUGGGCUGGUGCUGUCUGUUUUUGUGGCGAUUGCUGAAUUUGUCUACAAGCUAAGGAAGACUGCAGAACGUGAGCAGGUCUUUGUGCAGUGCCAUGGUGGACGAGAUCAGACUGUCGUUCACCUGCGAGAGGCGGGUGAAACACAAGCAUCAGCCUCCAGUCAUGGUGAAGACGGAUGCAGUGAUCAACAUGCACGCCUACAACGACCGACGACUCCCAGGAAAGGACAAUAUGAGCUGCAGCACUGGGAUGAAUCCCGUGUUCCCGUGACAAUGUGUUCCCCCCAGGGCAAGAACCUCCUGAGCAACGUUUCAGGGGCGAUGCCAGAGACUAGAGACAAUGGCAUAGACGUGAUCACCAGAUUCACCAUUAACCACAAUGACAUGGGGACACUAACAAAACAUGGGCAACUCAAAAUGGCAGCAUCAGCCACACAGGUAUGACAACAUCCACCACUGUAUUCCAAAACCACAAGAGGUAAAAGUAAUAUUUGGGGGAGGUUGUGGGAAAACAGUAAACCCAAAUAUUCAGUUUCAAGUCUGAUGUUUACGUGCGCAACACAAAAACACAAGAAAAUAUACAUCAUUCAAGGAACCAGUGAAAAGACUGAGAAUUGUUUUGGAAACUAUGGACUGAAGCAAGAAGAAAGGCUUUGUUAAGAAUGGCAAUAAAUGACAGACAUGGAGGACAAGAAAGAAUAGUUUUCCUUGGAGAUCAGUUUUGCCACACAAUUAAAUUCUUACCUUUUAUCCUGUUAAUUUACACAAACUCCCGAAUGGCCUUUGACAGCAGAAAAUAAUGUUACCUCAAACACGCUGUCGAGGCUCCAAUACCUUUGAGUCAUAAGCUGCAGGACAUGAGACAGGAUAGUUUGGUUCGCAGGUACACAUAUAAUAAUAACCUGUAACUGCAGUGUUGUUGUUGUUGGAAACCCACAGAGAGACACAAGUGUUCAGCAGUAAAUAUGUUUGUUGAAGUUGACAAACACUUAAUCAUUAAUGCAGAGAUUGAUUUGAGCGGAAGUACAUUUUAUGUCAAAAUGAAUUUUUACAUGAUUGAAUCAGUUAAAAAUAUCAAUUGCCAAAGACCUGACCAUUCACCACAACUAGUUACAGUACAAUAGGGGCCAGUUCCUGAUUACUUAGCUUUUUAGAGAGCACUAAUCUUGCGUUCAAUGCAAAGUAAAUUGGAAUGGUUUAAAUGGGACUAUUAAAGGAUGUUGCUCUAACAGUUUGUUCAACCAUUAAGGGGUAAUAUGAAUCCAAAGUAAAUUGCAAUUGUGGCACUGUGUUUGCUGGUUUUGCAAACCCUGGUCACCUCAAAGUAUUGUUAUCAACACUGUAAUGUAAAACAAUUUUGGCACAAGGAGCAUAAAAAGAACAAAAUAAGGAUUUUGAGAGAUAGAAUGUCUUUCUCAAACAUAUAAUACCAUUUCAAGUUUCACCCUUUGAUGAAAUAGUAGCAUGUCUGUACUUAUGAAUACACAACAACAUAUGUACAGACUGGGUUGGAAGGCAUUAAAUCAAGUAUUUAUGUUUAUAUCUUUAAGAAUUGUAAGUCACAGAGACAAAAGGUAAGAGACUGUGACCUCAAGACUAAAGUGCAUUUGUUUUAAAUGUACAUUUAAUGGUGACGUAUCCAUUGAACAACAUUAGAUGUUGUCCAUGUGGCUACAGGACCAUUGAAUGUAACAGUUCCUUCAUUUUCCAGGCGAGAUCUAGAGGCUUCGUGCCAGGGAAGGGAUUGUUUUGCAUUAUGAGCGUUAUGAAAACUGAUUUGGUUUUAAAUGUGAACGAACUUUGAAGGUUAUCUCAGACCUGAAAGUCACAAACUUUUUCUGUUUAUUGACAUGAUGUGGACAGAGUAAAUCUAUAUGUGUAGUGCGUGAACAUGCCGAAAGAUAGUGUGAUGAAUAGACAAAAGACAGAUGAUGAUUUUGUGUGGUCAAGUUGACUUUCAUGCCUAUUGAGUAAGUGUAUAUCUUCAGCAAAUGUCAUGUCGUAGGAAGAUUCGAGGAGUCUGUGAGCUGCUGUCACCUGGGAGCCGGACCAACAGCAAACCUCCGUGAGGUUUCACGUUGUCGAGACAAAAAGAAAAUCUUAUCUAUGAUUCAAGGAAACUCCAAUCUGUAAAAUUUAGCAUUGGUUUGGUAGAGAUUCACUGUAUAAUUGUCUAUUGAUUCCCUUCUGCAAAGUAGAGUAUGUAGAUAAGAUCAGCAGGAAAAAAUGUAUUUUGCUAAAUUUAUACUGUUAUAAAUGAAUUCUGUUCACAGUCAAAUAUGUUAUAGAUGCUAUUUAUUUCAUUAGAGAGGUCACUUUAACCUAUUUCCUCACUUUACCCCAGUUCCACAGCCCCAAACCUUGUUUAUUUAUUUAAUGGAAAUGCAUUAUAUUAUGGUAUAUUGGAUUACUAUCAUCCAGAUGGGAAACUGUAUGUAAAUCUUCUUUUAUGAUGGCUGAUAUAUUUCUCUAAAAAGGUGUACGUGAAAUGGAAAUGUUGCGCGCACCCAUGAAUUUAGGGGACACUCUCUUAGAAUAGGGAGAUUAGGGUUUAUCUUGUGUAACUGGACCUUUACUGCUCUUGAAAUCCCAAUUAGGAUCUUGUCUAAAGUAUGGCCGCAGCUGAUGCGUGGUUAUACUAUAUUACUGUUACCCUUAUGUGUACUGUAGCUUUCCAUGCAGGUGAUUCAACAAUUCAAGUUUGCUUGUAUUCCACUUCUGUAAUAUGUGAAAAUAAUUGAAAAUUUCAUCAUUAUCAAAAUUAGUUGGAAUUACAACAGGGUUUCUGAUUUGGCUGAUUCAGUCAGUUUGGUUACUGAAUAUAUACAUCCUUUUUUUUAAAUAAAUUAAUGUGAAUAAUAAUGUAAUUUUACACAACAAUUGUAUGAAACGUGAGAGAAAAGUAAUGUAAGCUACAUAACCUGUGUUCCAUUAGCAGUGUGUGAUUAUGAGUUUUGAUUUUCCAGCAGUCACAACGGUAUGCCUUUUUAUGCGUACCUUUUCUUUUGAGUUGCACAGCUUCUAUCAUUUGGCAGAAAACCUCUCAAACAAUACGAUAAAUAUGUUGGUGCCAACCAGGGUUUUCUUUGUUGACAUGCAGAAUUUCUAUGAAUAUAGUUUUUGUAAGGUUUUGUAAAAAAAAAAAAAAAAGUGGGGGGGAAACGAUUUUGUUUUCCUAGUAACUGUAUGUGUUAAGA